GGGGCGCUGAGGUCUGAGGUGCUGGGGCCGCGCCGCUCUCCUCAGGCGGCAGGAGAAGGAUGGACGCAGAAGGCCCAGCCCCGCGGUUUUGGGUCCCCGCGGAGCCCCGUCCGUCCUCCGUGUCUCCGUCUCCAUCGCAUCCGCGCGCGCCCUCCCUUCUCCCGUCGCCUCCGUGCGACAGGUUGGGGGAAGGGGCGUGAGUGCGCGUGCGCGAAAGAUGGAGCGCUGCGUGUGAGUGUUUCGUGUGCACGUCUGAACGGCGAGCGGAGAGACAGAGAGAGAGGCGGGAUGGAGUAUCAGGUACGCUGGAGGGAGGCGGUGGCGUGGCUUGGCAAUGCUACGCAUCCGGCAUUUCCACCUCCUGCCAAGCCGCUUCUGGAAAGGAGGCUGGAGCUGAGUUCAAAACAUCCCCCUCCUUUCUCGACCCUCGCCUUGGACGUCGCCAGCGCUCUUAUUUUUCCCUCCCUUCCCCUGCAGUGUUGAGGAGAGCGAGCAGAUCCCUGGAUUCCUCUUCACGGCCAUAUAUUCCUUAGGCUUACGGGGUGGCUAAGAAGUUCUUGCACCCGAGCUGCAUACCUGUUUGGUGGUGGUUGGUUGGGGAGGGGGGGAUGACGGUGCAUCUUAUUUCUGCAAGCCGGAGACGGAGCCAACAGGUUUGUCCGGAGCGUUUAACGUGGUCGUCCCCCCCCCCCUUCCGAUGCUGCAGAGUGUAUCUGCCACAAAGGAAAGAGCUUGGCAUCCCUUCCCUCCCCCCCGUGGAAGGGCUUUUUUGUAUCGGGUUGUCAUGCCGAAAACACAUUAUGGCAUUGAUGAUCUCUUUGGCAAACAGCCAUUUUUCUAAGCUGUAUCAACUUCCGCUUUAUACGCCAACACAGGCACAAAAGCUGUGGGGUAUUUGUUGUUUAAAAUACAUUUCUCCCCUCUUGGGCUGUUAGUAGUAACGGAUCAGGUAGGUAGAAAGACAUGGUGUUUGUCUCACUGAGAAUGAUUAUAACACUGAGUGGUUAAAAGGAAAACCACUGUAUUGACCAGAAUGAUGAAAAUUUACCAUGAUUAAUUUCAGUAAGGUCCUUUAUCAGUAUGUGUACUAUUAUGGAUUGUUUUGUUAUUAAUGCCUUGUUCCUUGAGUAGACCCUGGAAGUACUGUAUGGAAGCCACUUUGGGAGGGGAGUACCAUUAAAAGGUAGCAUUGAAAUCUUUUAAAUAAAUAAAUUGAAGGAGAAGCUUCAUGUGGCUUGUAUUUUGAAGCUUGCUCUUAUAUAUUUAGGGACUGGAAAUAAUCUAUUUGACUACUAAGGUAGUUAGAGCUUUAAAUAUGGCUUUGCUACAGUCUUCUAGUAUAGAUAUGAAUUCCUUUUAAAGAAUGUGAGUCCAGAUCUGUUUAAAGCCUGCCCUCUAGUGCAGCCACUCUUACUCAUUUAGGCUGCUAUGUUUAUAUAGCAAUUUUUGGGAAUUCAUAAUAAUAGAUACUUGGUGUAGAAAAUGAGAAUGGGCAAGAGUUUUGAAGUAUGCAUUUUCAAUUCCUUUCCCAGGCUAUAGAAAACACUUAGAAAGUCUCCACAAAGGAAACACUUUGAUGAGUAUUAAAAUUUUGCAUCAUUUGCUGCUAAUAUUGUUGGCCCAUGGAGUAAGAUGAAUAGUGAUGAUGCAUUGCCAUUUUUCAUAUUGAUAAUUUCUCCCAGAAAUUUGCAUUUUGGCUUUUCUAGAACUGGCAUUUUGUGUGACAUAAUCAACAGUUAUCAUACAGUAUCUAAAGAGAAGAAAUGUAAGCAUGCAUUUUGUAUACUGCUUGUUUUUGUAGAGUACCUGAUGAAGGUAUUGAACUGGAAGAACUGGAACAGCUAUUCACUGAAUGGUUGAACAAAUUCCUUUUAGUUCCCCAGAUAAAUAUAUGCCAAUAUAGCAUAAAUGCUGUAGAAUUUUGUUUAACAGAAGAUUUAGAGCCACAGUUAACUUUACUGAAAUGUUUAGGCAACCAAGUCAUACUUCCUAAUUAAAUCUACUGUACUGACUAGAAAAUAAAGGCACUCAUCACUGAUAUUUUAAAGGGAUAAGUAGAGAUUGCAAUAAUGUCAUUUCUUUGAGUCUGUCUGGAAUGCUCAGAAAUCACUUUUUGACAAGGGGUUUUGUAUUCUGAUAAUUCCACUAGCUCUUCUGCACUGGGAUUUGAUUUUAUCAUCUUGCACCUCCAGCCUUCCAGUGUUCUAGAAACAAUUUCCAUAUGUCUAUUAUUUGCACCACUAUUUCAUAUCAUGUUCUCUGUUGUGCCUGAUGUCACCUUUAUAUCUUUCGUUGCUUAUUUAACACAAGCGCAAGAGACAGGUACCUUCAUGGUAUUCUUUCUCCCCCAUUCCCAAAUUCCUUUCACAAUUCUGUUUCCCAUUGUUUUGUCUCCAUCCUGCAACAGUAAUUUGGGGUUGGAUCCUUGAGUUAUUAGAGAGACUUUAUGGGGCAAGUCAUUUGUCUUCCGCCUUUCUGUGAAAUGAUGAUGAGUAAGAUGUACAAGGUCAUAUUGUGCACAAUAAAUGAAUGCCUUAACAAGCACUUAAGGUGCCUAAUAAUGUUUGACACACACAUGCCUUUGUGUAUUUUUAUUAACAUUGGAAUUGCAUAAAACCUGUAGAGCAGGCUUCUAAUUAACCAGUUGCCUGUGGUAAACCUCCAAGUGACUGGGUAAGAUGUGCUUCUUCCGAAACCUUUGUGCUACUGCUUGUCCCCUAUGCACACUGCUGUAAUACAGUGCUUUGUUACCCUACUUAUUGAAACUUAGGACUUCACCAAGAGACUUUCUGGCCCCCCUUGUUCUUUCUCACAAUUAAGGAAGAGGGCAAUACUUUUAACCCACCUUUUAAAGACUUAAUUUUGUUGGUGUACCUGUACAAUUGCACACUUGUUUUGUGGAAAUAGGUUGCAGAGCCAGGGACACACGGGACAACUGGACGCAGGGACAACUUGGACAUUAUUAUAUAGGACUACUGUAGGUGUAUUAAACUUUAAAUGUUUGUACAGGCUGAGUGUUUUACUCAGAAUGUCAACAUUUGACCCACUCUUUUUAUUGGUCCAUUUGAACUUUGGGGUGGUAUUCUAUGCACACAUUUUAUUGUAUGUUAGCCAUAUAAUUCCUGAAGAGAACUUAAGUAUUUUUCCCCCUUAGGGAAUAAGGGAAGAAGAAUGUGAAUCUUUCCUCAGAACUGGAUAUGGAAGUAUCAGCAGAUGAAUCUAUGGAAAACAUGAGGAAGAAUUGAAACUACGUGAGCAAAGCAUAGAUAAGAUGAUACCUUUGGAGAGGGCAGUGCCAUGAUACAUUUGGCAGUGAAAAUGGGUUGUGCAUCUGUUUCAAAUACUUUCAUAUGAGAAGACACAAAUUUUAAAAAGUUCCAGCAUUGCUACUUCAAGCAGUAUGGCAGGUUUCAAGCGAGGAUAUGAUGGAAAAAUUGCUGGACUGUAUGAUUUGGAUAAAACCUUGGGGAGAGGACAUUUUGCUGUGGUCAAACUUGCCAGACAUGUUUUUACAGGUGAAAAAGUAGCUGUGAAAGUAAUUGACAAGACCAAGCUAGAUACUCUAGCAACAGGACAUCUAUUCCAAGAAGUUAGAUGCAUGAAACUAGUGCAGCAUCCUAAUAUUGUUCGCCUGUAUGAAGUUAUUGACACCCAGACCAAACUUUACCUAAUCUUGGAACUUGGUGAUGGAGGAGAUAUGUUUGAUUACAUCAUGAAACACGAAGAAGGGCUUAACGAAGAUCUGGCAAAGAAGUACUUUGCUCAGAUUGUUCAUGCUAUAUCCUACUGCCAUAAACUGCAUGUAGUUCACAGAGACUUAAAACCGGAGAAUGUUGUCUUCUUUGAAAAACAAGGACUUGUGAAAUUGACUGAUUUUGGCUUCAGCAACAAAUUCCAGCCUGGGAAAAAACUCACAACAAGUUGUGGUUCUCUUGCAUAUUCUGCUCCAGAAAUUCUACUUGGUGAUGAGUAUGAUGCACCUGCAGUAGAUAUAUGGAGCCUGGGAGUUAUCCUUUAUAUGUUGGUAUGCGGGCAGCCACCAUUCCAAGAAGCAAAUGACAGCGAAACUUUAACAAUGAUCAUGGACUGUAAAUACACGGUGCCAUCACAUGUGUCCAAAGAAUGUAAAGAUUUAAUCACACGAAUGUUACAAAGAGACCCAAAACGAAGGGCAUCUUUGGAAGAAAUUGAAAACCAUCCCUGGCUACAAGGAGUUGAUCCAUCGCCUGCAACAAAAUAUAAUAUUCCUUUGGUUUCAUACAAAAACCUGUCCGAGGAAGAGCACAACAGCAUCAUACAGCGAAUGGUUCUGGGAGACAUCGCAGACAGAGAUACCAUAGUAGAGGCUCUGGAAACCAACAAAUACAAUCACAUCACUGCUACUUACUUCUUACUAGCAGAGCGGAUUCUAAGAGAGAAGCAGGAGAAAGAAAUACAAACCAGAUCAGCAAGCCCAAGCAAUAUCAAAGCUCAGUUUAGGCAAUCAUGGCCAACCAAAAUCGAUGUCCCUCAAGACUUGGAAGAUGACCUUACAGCUUCUCCUCUGUCCCAUGGAGGCGUUCCUCAGACUCCAGCUCGCAGUGCUGAAAAUGUUCUUAAUGGUCACCGGAGCAAGGCACUUAAUGAUUCAUCAAAGAAGGAGGACAUUCCUGAAUUAGCAGGACCAGCACUUUCUGUCGUUCCUUCAGUAAGCCUAAAACCUACAACUAGCGGUCGGAAGUGCUUGUUUAGGGUGGAAGAAGACGAGGAGGAGGACGAAGAAGAUAAAAAACCAGUCUCCCUUUCAACCCAAGUGGUUCUGCGCCGCAAGCCUUCCGUUACAAAUCGUCUUACUUCCCGGAAAAGCGCCCCGGUCCUGAAUCAGAUCUUUGAGGAAGGGGAGUCGGACGACGAGUUUGACAUGGAUGAGAACUUGCCCCCCAAACUUAGCCGUCUAAAAAUGAACAUUGCUUCGCCAAGCACCGUGCACAAGCGCUACCACCGGAGGAAAAGCCAGGGUCGGGGAUCAAGCUGCAGCAGCUCAGAAACAAGCGACGACGACUCCGAAAGCAGGCGACGUCUCGAUAAAGACAGCGGGUUUACUUACUCCUGGCACAGACGGGAUAGUAGUGAAGGACCUCCCGGCAAUCAGGGAGACGGCAGUGGACAAGGAAAACCAAGUAAUGGAAACGGAGGAGUAGACAAAGCGAGCCCUGGCGACAACAGCAAAGGGGGUGGAAGUCCUUCCAGUGGUUCUAGCGGAAGCACGAAUAACAAUUCAGGUUCCACUCGCAGGUGCGCUGGAUCUGGAAAUUCAAUGCAGUUGUCUUCAAGAAGCGCAGGCGACCUGGUGGAAAGCCUCAAAUUAAUGAGCCUCUGCUUAGGUUCACAGAUUCACAGUAGCACUAAAUACAUUAUUGAUCCGCAAAACACCAUCUCCUUUUCCAGCGUCAAGGUUCAGGAGAAAUCUACAUGGAAGAUGUGCAUAAGUUCCUCUGGGAAUGUAAAUCCAGCUUCAUCCUUGGGCAGUAUAAAAUUCUUUUCUGAUCAGAUGUCAGACACUGCAAAUGAAUUAGAACGGAUAAAGAGCAAGAACUUAAAAAAUAAUGUGCUCCAACUACCUCUGUGUGAAAAGACUAUAUCUGUGAAUAUUCAGCGAAACCCGAAGGAGGGAUUGCUGUGUACGGCUGGUCAAGCUACUUGCUGUCACGUUGUUUGACAAUAAUCAGACUUAACUCAUUCUACUUGACAUCACCAAUCUUCCUUUUCUGCGCUGUGAAUACUUUAUUUCACUGAAAACCCUUCAUUGUCAUUGUCUUAAUAUUUUUAAAUGAGCUUUGAGCAGUAAUUUAUUACAUUUUAAUUUAGUUUGCUUGAAAUGACAAUGCAUGAUUUUGUGCAUGCUGCUAGCCAAUAAUUUUUUUUUGUUCCAAACGAAAACAGGAUUUGUGUACUUUUUUACAUUUAUAAUUUUACUAUAGAAAAUCUGGAUUACAGUAAGGCUUGUGUCCGAAUCCAGUGUAAAUGAAGCACUUAGUAGUUUCACAUUCUGCACUUAAAUUAGAGAGAGAGAGAGAGAGAGCUUUUGUUUAUUUGUGAAAUGUCCAAUCUUGUUCUGAUCUUCUGUGUUUCCUAAACUUUGUGAGAUGUGGCAUAAUUCUGUGUGUUUGCAACAGAACCAAAGCAAUAAUGUUUUGAUGCUGAAAACUUCUAUGAGCUUUCAGAUUUCCAAGGCUUGUACAAAGCAAGGAUGCACUGAGAAUUUAAGAGAUCUUGAACUAUGAUUUUUAUCCCCACAUCUCUUUUGUCUUAAACUAUAAUAUGCAUGAGGUGGUGGCUGAAGAUCUUGGUUUGUUACAGACAAGAAAUAGUUAAGGCAGCUUCCCCCGAGAAAAAUUGUACAUGCAGACAAUCUUUUAAAAACUAUUACAAAGGAAAAUUAUAAAGUCAUCUGCUUGGAGUAAUUUUUUUUUAAAAAAAAAUCUAAGGGAGAACACAUCUGUUACUAGAGUCUAUUAUCAUGGCAGUUGUUGGGUACAGUGCAAGACAUUUAAAUUGGACCAAUUUGUGUGACUUUUGAGAGGUCUUUUCCAGUAAGCUAGUUCCUGUAAAUCAACUAGUCAUGCACAUAGUAAAAGGCUUAACAAAGUUUUCUCCUUCUGUCUUUCACCCUACCCCACAGCAUUUUGAAGCCUGCUCUCAAUAUUGAUUACCUGAAAGAUGUAACUGAGCAUCUCAAUUCCACAUUUCCAUUAUUUCCAUGUAAACAAAUGAACAGGCAAAUCGAGAUGGGUGUCUCUGUAGUGUGGGGUAUAUCAAAAGUGCUCCAAAAUGCAGCACUGUAUCCAGUAAUCUAAACCAAUUGUUUAAGUGAAUUUAGGGAGAGCAGAAAACAGUUGCUAGAAUUUGAAUAGGAGGUCUAUUUAGAUCAGAAAGGAUCUUAAUGGGAGUGCAUUAACAUUGUGCACCCUAAAUACACUCCACAGAUCUCAAAACGUGCCGUGUACUGCAAAUUUCAAGAUUUUUUUUCCAAUAUAAAAUUUAGUUUGGGGUAUAACAUCAUCUUGUUUAUUUCCCUUCCAUAACUCUCUCUCCAAAUCGAGUCAGACAACACAAGUUGCAUGGAUCAAUUUCCUUUUACAUUCUGCACAGCUCUUAGCUUUUCUUUUCUUUUUAACCCCUUGCUACUGAGAUGCCAGCAGAUAAAUCGGCUGGCAUUUUUUAUGUACAAAAGGAUACUUUUGACCAGGUGAACUUUUGUGAACUUUUAUCUAGAAUAAAAUAUAUUGCAGAUUCCCAAUUUUGGGAACGACAAGAAUGUUAUUUUUUCAAGCUCUGUGCGCUGGGUCUUCAAAGCAAUGCUGGUAAGUAUUGAUGGUAUUAUGUAGCAACAACCCAGGCAGGCACUGAUUAAGAGACUUUACACAGUUUAGUAUCUAAAUGCUAGCAAAAUGGUCAAGUAGUAUGCAUUUCAUUUACCUUGUAGACUGUAGAGCACCAAAGAACUGUUGUUUUGGUUAUGAUACAUUCAUGUUUGCUUCUUUUAGUGUGGCAAAGGAUGCAAUCCAAAGCAUAUUUACAAGGAAGUAAAUCCCAAUGUGUUCAGCAUGGCUUACUUCCAAGUAAACAUGUUCAGAAUUAGGCUGCAAAUCUCAACCAUGCAGCCUAUUUUAUUAUCAAGCUUAGGAGGGGAAUAUGCUUUCCCAGAAAAACAAGUUACGAAUGAAACACUUUGCUUUAGUUUUCUUUUUUAAGCUUAUGUUGCAAUGUAGUUUUAAAACAGCCUAUCAUACAUGUAUGAUAUCUACAAAGUUGAAAGCUACAAGAACAGGCAUGCCAGCGAAGCCAUAGCGCAUAUUUCUUUGAAAUUUUCUUAAGCAGGGAUCUUACAAAGGGCCAGAAAUAUGGACAGUUCACAGAUGGCGGUGAACAGAGCAUCUAUAUAAAAAGUAGGAGAAAGUUUAUAAAGGGCAUUGGCAAUAAACUGUUGCAGCUUUUUAUUUUCAAGUCUUGUAAAUAUUCUUUCCACACGUUAUGUACAGCCUUGGAAUGGCACCUUUUGACUAAUCCCAGAUGUUUUUUCAUUCCCUCUGUUUUUUAUAUACAAAUGUGUAUAUACGGUGCUCACUUUAGAACAGCAGUGUUGACCAUUUAUGCUGCAUAGCUGUAACAUAGCCUUAUUUAGUUGUGUAUGGUUGGUUGAACCUCUGGGUGUACAGAUGUUAGCUUGAGUGUUGUCUUUUUAAUCCAUUUAUUCACCGGUGAAUGAUUGUGCAUGUGUUGUAUGUUGUAUUGCGUCAUGUUAAAAGGAGGGAGAGAAUAACCACUACAUUGAAAUAUAUUGGACCAAACUAUUAUAGAACAAGUAACAGUUUCUUGUACCCCUUAAAUCUGUCUUUACAAGUUGCAUAUAGUCAACGUAGCAUAUAAAUUAAAUAUUGUGGAAAGCAACUAGUCUUGUAUUUUUCUGUAUGUGUAUAUAAUGUACCUCUAGCAACUUUAUCUGUAUUUAAGAUGUGACAAUCUUGACACAGAAUUUUACAAUUAGUCAAAUAAAGCAGAAUAAAAUGGAGAAAAGCUACGUGUAUUAGGGGGAGGGUACAGAAAUACCAGUUGAUCCUUGUCAAUUGCUUCCAGCGAUGUUUGGCUUUCUUCAUUGUAUAAACAUUCAUGGUGUGUGACAAAUGAAAAAAAAAUCCAGUUAAUAAAAAUGACCUCUUGAUUGGUGCAUAAA